AGGUCCCCUGUCCUCCUCCUCCUCCCCUCCCCUCUAAAAGUAAUGUGGAGCCUAUUUGCGCCGCGCAGCUGACAAAAAAAUGACGCGAACACGAGUGGCGGAAAACAGGUCUGAGUAAAAUAAAUAUGAGAAAGAGGAAGAGUAAAUUAUCUGAGAAGACAGCGCAGUCUCACAGCUCAACGUGGUCGAGGCUGAUAAACAAAGAGCGUCGGUGAAUGUUUUUUCUACUUUCUGUUAACGCCUACAAGGACAUUGGAGCACAGGCGAGACCGAGAAGGAGGAGGAGGAGGAAGAAGAGGGGGAGGUUGUGGAUUUCAAUGUUUGUUUUUUUAAAACUGAAUAUGAAGCUCAGAGCUCUUUAAUCCAACCACAGAGCUCCGUCAGACAGCGAAGAGCUACACAGAAGGGACGUUUUAUUCGCACUUGGAGGAAUUUAUGGGAUCACGAGUUUCUUCUGAUGAGAUGAGUGUGCGUGCUGGCCAGGGCAGUGAUGAGGUGCUGGUUUCUCAGGCAGUUUGGGAUUACCUGGCUGCAGCUGGGCGGCCCUGGCUCAUUGACUUCCAGCACAAGCAGGGGAUGAGUGCCGGCAUCAUUAGGCGAGGAGAGAGAGGGGGCUGCUGUGCUGUGCGGCUACAGCCUGUGGAAGGCUCGAGGAGCGCCAGAUCCGGCAUGGCGGAUGGACCCAUCUCUAGCGAGACGCGUAAAGCCUUCUUUGACUUAUGCCGAUGUGCUCGCAAAGAAAUGAGCAAACAGGAGGGAGGAUCCAAGAGGAAAAGGGCUCUGCUGCCUUGCGUGGGAGCCCUGGAGCAGAACGGAGAAGGUAGCCGGCUUCAGGCUCCACCUUCCCAGCCACGGCGAUCCCAAAGACAGCAGCAGCGUUUCAAGAAGCCUGCAGAUGAGGAGGUGUGUGCCAUGCUCCAUGAGGCCUCUCUGAGGAAAGACCUGGACUCCAGCAUGGGUUCCCACAGUGAGGCAGAGGACAGUAACACUUGCUCAAUUUGUAUGGGAGACAUAGUGGAGAGGACCACCCUGGAGAAAUGCGGCCAUUCGUUCUGCCGUUCAUGCCUGGAACAAGCCUUUAAGGUGAAGAAAGCUUGUCCCGUGUGCAGACUGGUCUACGGCCAGCUGGUUGGGAACCAGCCUGCCAAUGGUUCGAUGAUCGUAGAGCGGGAUCAUGAUCUGGAGCUUCCUGGCCAUGAAGGCUAUGGGUGUAUCUGUAUUAUCUACAGCUUCCCUCCUGGAAUACAGACUCUUGAUCACCCAAACCCUGGUGUGCGAUACCCAGGAACAGACCGCGUGGCCUACCUCCCUGACAACCCUGAAGGCAACCGUGUGCUGGGCCUGCUGCGUCGGGCCUUCGAACAGCGCCUUAUCUUCACCAUCGGUACCUCCAUGACUACAGGCCUGCAAAAUGUCAUCACCUGGAAUGACAUUCACCACAAGACAUCUAUAUUUGGCGGGCCGCGCUGCUUUGGCUACCCAGACCCCACAUACUUGGUGCGAGUGACGGAGGAGCUCAGAGAAAAAGCCAUCACAGCGGACUGACCACAUGAGACUUUUUUCCUUGGACAUAUCCUUACUGUGGACAUGACCAAGCUGCAGGUUUUGCUCUGAGACUGCCUGUCUCCUAAAAGAUCAUUGAAGAUUUAAAAAACAAAACAAAAAAACACCUCAUCAGACAGGCACCUAUUGCUGCAGAAAAAUCCAUAUCUUCUCCACUGGCUGUUCUACUUUGAUCAUUUUUCUUGAAAGUUCAGCUUAUUCAGUGCUACAUGUGGAAGAAAAUACUCUUAAUGCAGUUCAGAUCCUCAAACUGUCACUGCAGGCACCUGGCCUCACUUCUAAUGCACUUACUUAGAAGCGUGUCCCAAUUUCUGGUACUACAUAUUAUUUAGUUUAAGUUCAGUGAUUUAAAGACAAUUUAUUUUCGAUUAAUGUUUAUUUCCCCCCUAUGGGAGUACUUUUAGGUCUUAAAAGCACACGUUUGGCUGUGUCUCACUGAAAUGUCUGUUAAACAAGUUUGAUUGUUAUUAAUUACCUGUUAUAAUGAUUGUACUUGGUUCAUAUAGCAGAAGAGCACUGCUUCUAGCAACAGAUUUAAAUUUCUGAUGUUAUUGCAAUCUUAAGCACUCACAAGCACUUUGGUAAUUAUUUUUAGUAAAGCAGAAGUAAUAGAGAUUUGUUUCCUUUCAAUGAAGAAUGCUCAAGGCAAACAUGUUUAUGCAGCCAUCAGCUUAUAGCUCGCAACGCGCUCAUGUCAGUUGCUUAGAAAACAUUGUGUGUGAUCUUUAUCUCGGGAUGUACCUUUUACUUAAAAUAAGAGGAAUGUUAAAUGAUGUCUCAUUGCAGCACCUUUUAGCAUGCAUUGGAACUUCUCGCUGGGGUUUUUCCAGUCGCCACUCCUGUUUUUUCCAAGAUGUCUCCCAGGCGUUCGGUCCAUUACCUCACUUAGUUAGGAACACACUCCUCCAUAUUAGCAGAUUUAUGACGAUGUCAACUUCGAAGGGCAUAUAGGUCACUUGAACCAAAUCAAAGGCACAAAAGCUCUUUAAAUAUAUUUGCUUCAGUUCCUUUAAAACUAGGAGAGUUGCCGGUUAAGUCAUUUUAUUCAAAAUGAACUAACUGUUGUAAAUCUUUCAAUGUGUAACUAACAAGUGUGUUUAGGGAUUGAUUCAAUUGGAGGCGAGUCACUGAUCUCAUUUUGUUGUGCCUUCCUUAUGUACAAAUAAUUGGCCAUUAUGGUUUUGGUGAAUGUAGAGCUGUUUGGGUGCAUUUUAAGUGCUUUUUGAUUAUAAAACAGCUUCUAGCAUUUAGCUUUUAGACAAAUAUUCCACAGUUUAUAAAAACGUACAAGCUAAUCAUGUCCAAAAUAUUCCCCUUCUUCUCUCAAAAACAUUUGCCUACACUAAAUGUAGAAAUAGACCCCAGUCUUUAAGUGUGACUGUGCUUUGCGAAGCAGCAGCCUUUUUUAUUUUUUUGGUUGAAACUGAUAACUGAUUUAAAUUGUCAUAUCCACACAUUAAAUGUUUUAUUAUGUUUUUACUCCCUUUGUAUUUUAGUUAAGGGACCAAUUGUGAUAUUUUUGGGACACUGGAUUGCAGUUGAUCAAAGCUACUGUGCAAACCUUUCUAUGCAUAAUGUAACUAAAGAAGGGGACAAGGGAAGGGGUAGAUGGCUGGAUUCCAUACGUUGCAAAUCGAAUGUUAAGGGAAAAAAAAACAGUUCUGCUUUUCUAAUCGUGUUGAUUUGUACUUUGUUGAUAUUCAGAAUUAUGUGCUCCACAUUUUAAUACUUGAAUAAAAGUUAUGUUUGGGUUUG